AUGGACAUCGCCCGCACGUCCAUGAUUCAUGCCUGUGCGCCCCAUUUUCUGUGGCCCUACGCGGUUCGCUACGCCGCUCACCAGCUGAACCUCCAGCCGCGCGUCUCGCGGCCAGAGGCUUCACCGACCAGUCUUUGGACCGGGUCCCCUGGUGUUGGGUCAGCUUUUCGUGUCUGGGGCUGCCUUGCGCUUGUCCGCGACACCUCUGCGGACAAGCUCUCGGCUCGCGCCGUCCCCUGUGUCUUCCUUGGUUUCCCGGUAGCCUCGGCCGACUGGUCCUUUUACCACCCGCCCCUCCACCAGUUCCUAGACCCCCGUGACGUCCGGUUCGACGAGUCAGUGUCCUACUACACCAGGUACCCCUGUCGAGGUCUGCCGGUUCCCCUUCCUCCCCUUUUCCUCGCACCCUCUCUUCCCCCUGCUCCCGCUCCUCCGGUAGCGGCUCCCUCCCCGCAGUCCUCCUCACAGUCCCCUCAGCAGCCUUCGGUACUUCCUCGACAGGCUACUGUGGACUCGGUUGGUUUUGGAGCUGGAGGUGCAGCCACUGGCGGUACUCGGUCCGGGGGUGCUCGUUUGAGGGGUGCUGGAGUUGGAGGUGCUGGCGCAGGUGGCGCUAGCCCUGGGGGUGCUGGAGCUGGAGGUCCUGGCACUGGAGGUGCUAGUCCUGGGGGUGCUGGAGCUGGAGGUGCUGGCGCAGGUGGCGCUAGCUCUGGGGGUGCUUGUCAGAAUGAAUGA